AUGCCCUUCAAAAAGGUUAUGAAAGGUAUUCCAUUACCAAAUUUGCCUGUUGAGGGUAUUUUAGAAAAUGAUAGAGAAGCAUUGACUUCGUAUCAACAGGAAUGUGUAACAAGAUUGGGAAUGACCAUACAGAUGGAGCAGGAGGCUUACUUGACUACGCAUCCUGAGAUUCAAGCGAUGUUGACGUCAUUUAUUGCGAAAAUGAUACACACGGCAAAAAGAAAGGAUAUUUUAAAAGAAGCAGCAGAACAUUUUACCCGACCUUAUGAUGUUCUUGAUAAAGAAAUAAGAGAUAAACUCAGAUUACCUGCCGACGGAUCCUUUAAACAGAAAUACAAGGCAAAAUUUGAGGAUAAAAAACUUGAAUUAAUGAAAGAUUUCGAUGAAAUCUGUUCCAAACAUAAUUAUCCAAAAGCAAUGAAUAUUUUCGCUUCAAAUUCUAGCAGUACUUCGAAUACUUUAUCUUCAUCUUUUGUAUCAAUUGUUACAUCGGACACUACACUUCCAACUCCAGAACCUGUGCCAACACCAGAACCCACACUAUCGGAGAACAUGUUAACGCUUGUAUAUAAUACAGUUGAUAAAGCAGUAUUCCAACAUGUUGAUGAUGAUGCAUUACGUUAUGAUACCGCUUAUGUAGAACUGUCUAAAGCAGUGGAAACGGCAAUGGAAAUUCCAGUUGUAGAAAUUAAAGAAGAUAUCGCCGAACUUUUUUACAAUGCUUAUAGGUUGUUUGAGAUUGAUAUAAUGGCGAAAGAAAGAAUCGCUGCUGAAAGAGCAUGGGAUAAAAGAAUGAGAAAAAAAUUGAAGAGGACGUUACGGCGAAUGAAUAAUUUUAAAGGUUACGAAACCCCACCGACACCGAAGAGCGAGCCGUCGUCGCAUGAAAGCUACAAAAUACCUCCGCCUCGUCCUUGCGACUGUCAUCCACAGUUUAAGUACAACCGAUAUCCUAAGGACCGCUUUGGAAUUUAUUUGCCACGCGAAACACAAUACUGUGAUAAAAACGUGACCGUCACGCCUGCGAUUUCGACGGAGAGCCUCAGUGAAGAAACUGCUGACGAUAAAGUGGACUUAAAAUCGAUAAUUAGCAAAAAGUCCGCUGCGUCUUCAAAAAGCGCAGUAAGCAAGAAAUGUGUCUUCACAGUGGAGAAUAAAAUAUAA